AUGAAUAUUUUGGAUGAAUUUAAUACAGAUAAUCCAUGCCCAUCGACGAGUGGCAUAGCGCCGAAAAAAGGAAAAUCCGCGAAUCCAUCACAAUGGAAACGGAAUGUAAUAAAGAAGUCUAUUGCUACUGGAAAGGGCUAUUUAAACUAUAAAGGCCGUGAAAUAGGCGAAAGAAAAACUGGACCGGAUUGUUGUUGUAAGAAGUAUAAGUGUUUUGUUCAAAUUAAUGAAGAAGAUAGGAAACUAAUAUUGGAAAAUUUUAAUAAAUUCGAAGAAACCUAUGUGCAAAACGUAUACUUAGGCGGUUUAAUUAAAACUGAGAAUGUCGAAAGGGAAAGAUCUAAAACUGGUACGGGGAAGAAACGGAGUUGUUUACACAAAUAUUAUAUUAAAUUAGGAAAUAGAAAUAUACAAAUUUGCAGAAAUGGCUUUCCAUCUAUCCAUGGAAUAUCCAAAAAGCGUGUAGACAGUGUUGCUAAAGAGUAUCGGGAUCCUACUGUAACUACACCAGCUCAGUCUAAUCGUGGAAAACAUCAAAAUAGACCAAAUCGUAUUCCAAGUGAAUGGGUUUCUAAAGUUGACUCUAAUAUUAGAAGUUUCCCAUGUCGCGAGUCACACUACAGUAGAAAUGAAAGCUCAAGUUAUUAUCUGUCUCCAGAGUUGAACAUUAAAAGGAUGUACCAGUUAUAUUUGAAAAAGCAUGAGCUUGGUCUUGAAGCAUCUGCUAAGCCUAUAGUAUCAUUUGAUUUUUACUACAGAUACUUUAAACAAAAUUUUAAAUACAGUUUUGGGUCACCUCGUUCAGAUACUUGCAAGAAGUGCGACAUGCUGAGUAACAAACUAAAAGAUAAGACAUUUUAUAAUGGGAUAGCGAUGAAACCCAACAAAUACAGAUAG